GUCAUCUUUAUGUUGUUUUUGAGUUCCUUGUGCUGGAAUGCUUAGACCUGGUUUGACCAUUUGGACUGCCUCUUGGACUACAACUCAGGGUUGCCCUGCCUGGAUGUUCCUUAUGAUGAAAAAUGUUUUAUUCCUGCAGACUUUGGCAAUGGGCCAGCUGCCUUGGAAAGAGCUUUUAAGUGACAUAGGGGAAAAACCAGCAAUGUUAUCCAUGCAGGACCUGGUCCUUACACUGGCACAAAUGCUGGUGAGAGUGUGCCCUUCCUAUCGACCAGAAAUCCGUCAGAAGGUCCGACGAUGGGAUGAAGAGUUGGGUGUCCAGCCGAACACUAGGCAGCCUGAGGAAACACAAUAUACACACGUGUGGUUUUAGCCACUCUUUCCCUGCAACUGAAGGCAUUCAGGGCUCCACUGUGAGCACAGCUGCAGGCCAUUAGUCAUCUGAAGGAGAGAUCUACUCCCAAAAGAGUCUUACUUCAGUUUGUUCGUCGGUGGAAUGGCCCAAUCAUGAAUGGUGAUGCCCUUUGCCAAGAACCUCCCUCCCAGCUUCCUGACUGGAGGGAAUUCUGUGAGCUCCAUGCCCAGGCUGCUGCGGUGGACUUUGCACAGAAGUUCUGCCAGUUCCUGAAGGAGAACCCUCACUACGACACCCCUGGGGCGGACACCUCCUUCUCUCACCAUUUCGCGGCCAGCUUCUUGGACAUCUUCAGCCUCGAGGUCAACAGGGUCUUCGUGUCCAACUCCCCCACCAAAUACAACAUUGUGCCCUUUGUGGGCCUUCAGAACUGCCACAUGCCUUACGGGCGCGACCUCUUGCCAAGAAAGGAGCAGACCUCCACCGAAUCUCUGGACAGCAUGGACCAUCCGGUGGCCUCCGGCCGUUAUCUCAAUCCGUCGCAGCAGGUCCAGGCGCGGAAGGUCUCCUCCUACGGUCAGUCCCGGAGCUCAGAGGACGUCUCUGUGCACGGUCCUUCGAAGCCGAAAUUCAAGAAAGGCUUCUCCCUGAGAAACAUGAGCUUGUGCGUGGUGGACGGCAUGAAGGAGAUGUGGCACCGGAGAUCCUCUCCGGAGCCAGGGAUGGAAGGGACGCAAAGCAGGCGGUCCGACAGAGAACCCUAUCCCCCCGGGAACAAAGAGCACAGUGACGCCAGGGAGAAAUGGACUCACAAGCUCUGGCUUUCCAAGGGACAAGCGUCCAAAGUGGAUCUUGUGGACAUUCAGAGGGAAGGGACCCUCCGCUAUAUGGUGGCUGACGAUACGAACUGCGUAGGGAGCUCACAGUGGCAAAAGUGCCGCUUAAUGCUGAGGAAGGCUGUGAAGAUGGAAGGGGAAAGGUUCCUCCUGGAGUUCUACGUCCCCCCUAAGGCUUCGAAAGCGAAGGUCAGCAUUCCUCUCUCGGCCAUUAUCGAGGUGCGAACGACCAUGCCGCUGGAAAUGCCAGAUAAGGAUAACACUUUUGUCUUGAAGGUAGGUUGCUUUGGGGAUAGUGGCGAUGACAUUGAACUUGCCUCUUGUACCCAGGGGGCUUGCCUGCCGAGCAGGGUGUCCUCUUGUAGCUGUGAGUUCCUCGCUGAAGAUGUGUCCCGCUUCCAAGACAGAUGUGGAAGCUCUGUGGCCCUUCCAGACAUGACUCCCAGUCCUGCUACUGUCGUCACUGCCCCCCAUGGCAGGUCAAGGGAUUCAGCAGAAUACAGAGCCCAUGUGCCACUGGAAAACUUCCUGCAGACGCUGGACUCACCAUCUACAGGUGGCCAUUCAACAGGGGAGGAGGGUGAGACAGAAGCAGAGCUCAACCUGGUGGAUUAUCCUUGGUUCCAUGGGACGCUCUCGCGGGUCAAAGCUGCUCAACUGGUGCUGUUUGGCGGAGCCAGAAGCCACGGAUUAUUUGUUAUUCGGCAGAGUGAAACACGGCCGGGUGAAUAUGUGCUGACUUUCAACUUCCAGGGUAAAGCCAAGCACCUGCGCCUGUCCUUGAAUGAGAACGGCCAGUGUCAUGUCCAGCAUCUGUGGUUCCAGACUAUCUUUGACAUGCUAAGACAUUUUCACACGCAUCCCAUCCCCCUGGAGUCGGGUGGCUCGGCCGACAUAACACUCCGCAGCUACGUGGUAGCCCAGAAUCCACUGCCUGAGGUCAGCCCCUCCCCAGCGGUUGCCUCCCAGCAGCUCCCUUGCAGAAAUGACCCCCAGACCCAACACUAUUUCUCCAGCUUUGUUCCGGUCACCUUCCAGCCCGCUUCGCCUUCCGAGGGGACCACUUCCUCCUCCUCUUCCUCCGCCAGCCAUUCGCUCUACCAUCGGAUGGAGGGGACUCUCAGCGUUCGAAGCCGAAGCAACAGCACUGAGCGCCUCUUUGAUUCAUCUGCCCUCGGGGCAGAGGAUUACCACGAGAGCGAAGGCUCCCGGAACAACAGAACCAGAGCGGUGGAAAACCAAUAUUCUUUCUACUGAUCUUGCUGAAGAGAACGGGGAUUUUUUUUCUCAGCAUACUGGGUUAUGUUUUGUUUUCUUUCAGAAGAGUUCCUGGGGGUUGGGGAGUUGAGAGCACGGAACGGUCUAUUGAGGGCUGAGCCUCGUUGUUGGUUGCUGUCAUGUUUGGAGUUGUUGCCGUCCUCUUGGCCUCUGAAUGUGUGUGUGAGUCAGUUCCAUCUCUGUGGCAUUCCUCUGCAAAGAAUUUACCUCCCUUUCACUUG